UCUUUGCUUUACUUAUACCUUUUUAUUUAGAUAAACACAGUUAAAUAAAACUCAAGUUCCAUUUAACAAUAAUAGUCAUUGUCUUGAAACAAUGCUCAUUAUGUGAUGGCAAUCACUGUAACAAUGAAUCCAAGAACAACAAACAGAACAAAGUUUCAACCAAUCAAUGCUCAGCGAGUUACGGAAUCGCGACAAAAUGAUAACUUUGGGCUCCCCGUGUCCAAGCGACCUCGUGUGGGCUCGUCUCCAGUUAAUAAUAAAAGUGCAUACAAGUUUAGCAAGCAGGCGAAGUCAUAUGGGACUAAUAACGCACAUGUGACAUCAUCAGGAAUGACAUCAUCAUCUGUACGGCCGGCAGCUAUGACAUCAGUAGGGAAACCUUUAGCAAUGACAUCAUCAACAUUGAGACCAUCAGCUAUGACAUCAUCACGAGUGACAUCAUCAGUAGAGAAACCUUUAGCUAUGACAUCAUCAUCAAAUGUGACAUCAUCAGUAGUAAACAAUGACUUUGACGAUGAUGACGACUUCACAGGAGCCGAACUCGAGGAAAUUGAAAUGUUGGCGUCGCAAGUUGAGUCUCAACAUGGAGUUCAUAAACAACCAAGUAAACCGGAUAAAACUAGUACCGCAAGUGGUUCAAUCCAGUUCAAACUGCCUCAAACUAGUCAUAUCAGAACUCCAUCUACUAGCAACCAUAAUAAGAUGUCUAUGAACAACGAUGUCACGUUGCUACAACAACAGUUUAAUGAGCAAGAAAAAAAGAUCAAAGAAAUGGCAAAACUGACCAAUCAGAAGAGUGGAGAAGCACGAGUGUUGCGAGAUAAGUUAAAACAUGCAGAAAACCUUUUAUUUGAGGAACGACAAGCGAAAAUAUUGCAAGAAAAUGAGAAAAAGGAAGAAAAAAUAAAACAUGAAAACGAACUUGCUAAAAAGCUGGAAGCACUUACGGAUCAGAUCGCAUUCAAGGAGGCCGAACUUAAGGAAGCUGAAAGUGUGAUUAAGAAUCUUUCAUUGAAGAAUAAGAUGGUGCAGAAAAAAAAUAUGCAAAAACCCGAGCGGAAAUCAAGUGGUCAACCAUGUUUUCCAAGUGAUGACUGGGCAUGUACUCAAAGUAGUGAGUCAGCAAAAAAGAGGAUACGGUUGGUUAAACCUGAGAGCCCGAAAGUUUCAUCAAAUAUGGGGAAAUUAAAACGAAGUGGCUCCACAUCUGGUCAGUCGAAACCCACCCCCCAAAAACAGACAGCGGAUCAAAAAUCGUUAAAACUUCCACGAUCAAAGUUCAAGAUGUCGUCAACCCUGCUUAAACCGGCAAUAGCACCCUCAUGUGGAAGUUACAACACGGAGUCGUUAAUCCUGUUCUUACAUCGAUGUAAUGCGUUAAGCAACAUUGAGACUUUUGCUUCUAGCCCACAAACCACCCAACAAACUCUCACGAACGCAAUCGAAGGAACAAAACUUCUUCUCUUCCCCUCCCCUACCAACAAUGAUGAGGAAAAUGUUGUUUCUAUGAUUCUACCUUUCAUAAAAUCUACGCUAACCGAAGAUUCAACUUUAAAGGACAAUGAUGGACUUAGAGUUUCACUUGAAGCUUUAGAAACUUUAUUAUCGUCACAACAUACAUUAAAUAUUAUCAGGAAAAAGAGUUUAUUCACCUUUCCUACUUUGCUAUUCCAAUAUCUCAACCAUCCAAGUCUCACCAAAGUAUGUUUACAAUGUUUAGUUGCCAUCACUAAAGACCCAACGCUUCUUGAAAAUAUAAAUAUCGACCUAUCACGGAUCAGAGACCUCAUGUCACAUGACCUCCCUAUCAUCUCAUUGGUCGUUCAACUUAUUUCAAAUUUAACUUCCGAUUCUUCACUCAUAGAAGCGAUUGUGACAUCACAGAUUGAUAACAAUUCCGCGAUUCUGUCGUCAUUAUGUGCAUUGUGUUGUAACAAUCAACCCAGUGAUGUCACAAUGGGAGAAUGGGUUCAAUUUUUAACACAGGUUAUCCAGUUAUUAUCGCGAUUAACCUGCGAUUCAGACCUCAUCCUUAUAAAACACAAUAUGUAUGCUACUAUAUACCAUACACUGAAUAUUAUAUUAUACGAACAACUAAUAACGUAUGAGAAGAAUGGAUCUUGUAAUGCAAUAAACAACCUAAUCAAGCAAGGAAUCGUUCUCCUCCAUUCUUGUUCCAAUGUUUAUAUCGACGGUGUACCAGGUGUACCACGUGAUCAUAGACAUCAUAUAUUAUUAUGGAAGCUGCAACACUUCGUUGAAAAGGAAAAAUCUUUUUGGAGCGAAGAAAUUAAACGGAUUCUUAAAAGUGAAAUUACCUCGUUAGAAAGUUGAAAUAAAGGUCAUAGAAAGGUCAAGACUUUCUGGUAAGCGAGUUGUUUCAAAGUUUUCAUUUUUUAAAGAAUAUAUUUUAUCUGUUGUAUUUCUUUUACCUCUUGUUAAAUAUUUGCUUAUUUGCUGGGCUACUAGGGGGGUAAUAACAUACUGUUGUCUUUUCGUAAAACAAAUUUAUAAUAAAAAUAAAUUUUAUUAAAAAUAAAAUUAAAAAAUUUUUAGGCAAACUAUCAACAUUUUAUAAAAAUUCAAUGGAUUUUUUUAAUUGCCGAAAUUUCUUACUAAAAGAAUAGUUUUUGUUGUUUUUUUUACAGUUGUUUUCUGGUUACAAAACCUAAUGAAUUUUCUCUUUAUUCAUUGUUUAUGUUUGGCAUAAAAUUCUCCACAAUGUUUUUUCUUCUUCUUAAUUUCUUUUAAGUUUCAUUUUAUGUUAGUGCUUUAAACAUGAAGAAACAUAAUUCAUUUUUAUGACGUUUUUUUUAACUUAGUUUAAAAUUAAAAGUUUUUCUUAAAGGUAUAAAUAAAAAUAUCAAAUAAAACAAAAA